AUGGGAGGACACCACGAGCCGUACAAGAUCCCGCACUACUCGAUCUACAACAAUUACCGAGACUUUCCACAGCUUUUGCAGCACGAGAAGAGACUUGCGCAACUCGGCUUGAAAGAUCCGUGGAUCAGAAAUUAUGUGUAUUUGUACGAUCGCAAGUACCCUCAUGUGAAAGGACAAUGGGCACAUUUUAAGAAUCUUAUUCUUCCUGGUUGGAAAGCCGGAGUCGGUUUCGCCGCUGCUUUGAUCAUUCUGGAAGAAGGUUACCAAUACGCGAAACACGGAACAACAUCAUGGGAUGCCCAUCAUUAG